GCCUAGGGCAGCCAAUGGGCUAGAACCGGCCCUGUGUCAACUCGUGGUAUUGCAAUAACAUGUUCAACUCAUGCUGGAAGUUUUGGUUGGUGUGUCAACAAAGUAGCUAACUUGCUAGCUUCCUACAGUCACUAAGCAGCAGUGGAUUAGGAUGAUAAGACUAGCAUGGCACCGCUCUGUGUCCGGAAAUAGCCGCGGGGAACCUGCACGUGUUUUAGCUGCAGCUCUGGGAGCGGACAGUCAGACCUCCGGGGGCAACAUCAGGUGUUUCAGACUGAUCCCCCACCCACCUAACGACAGACCACCUCUCCACCAGCGUCCCCAGCCGGCCUAUCACCUCAGUCCAUCUGUCUUCAUGAGCAUGGCGUCAGGGGGGGACGGUCCAGCGUCCAGCGCUCAGAAACACACCAACAGGUUAGCCAUGGAGAGGUCGCCAUACCUGCUACAGCAUGCACACAACCCUGUUGAUUGGUAUCCAUGGGGACAAGAUGCUUUUGACAAAGCGAAGAAGGAAGACAAACCGAUCUUUUUAUCAGUGGGCUACUCAACGUGCCACUGGUGCCAUGUUAUGGAGAGGGAGUCUUUCGAAGACGAAGAAAUUGGUAAACUCCUUAGUGACAACUUUGUCUGCAUCAAAGUAGACCGAGAAGAGAGACCUGAUGUGGACAAGGUCUACAUGACCUUUGUACAGGCAACAAGUGGAGGUGGAGGUUGGCCCAUGAGUGUGUGGUUGACCCCUGAGCUAAAACCUUUCAUUGGAGGCACCUACUUCCCCCCUACAGACCAUGCAAGACGACCUGGGAUCAAAACGGUUCUCUCCAGAAUCAUGGAGCAGUGGCAGAAUAACCGGCCUGCUUUGGAGUCCAGUGGAGACCGGAUCCUUGAGGCUCUAAAGAAAGGCACGGCCGUCUCUGCAAACCCAGGAGAGAGUCCUCCUCUGGCCCCAGGUGUUGCCAAUCGCUGCUUCCAGCAGUUGGCACAUUCCUACGAGGAGGAGUACGGCGGCUUUAAAGACCAUCCAAAGUUCCCCACACCAGUGAAUCUGAUGUUCCUCAUGUCUUACUGGUCUGUGAACCGCUCCACCUCAGAGGGGGUGGAGGCUCUUCAGAUGGCCCUGCACACACUCCGCAUGAUGGCGCUGGGAGGCAUCCACGACCACGUGGCUCAGGGUUUUCACCGUUACUCCACAGAUUCCUCCUGGCAUGUUCCUCACUUUGAAAAGAUGCUGUAUGACCAGGCUCAGCUGGCUGUAGCCUACAUCACUGCUUUCCAGGUAUCAGACGAGCAGCUCUUUGCAGACGUGGCUCAGGACAUCCUGCUCUAUGUCUCCAGGGACCUGAGUGACAAGUCCGGAGGCUUCUACAGUGCCGAGGACGCCGACUCUGUCCCAGCGUCAGGGGGACCAGAGAAGCGAGAGGGGGCUUUCUGCGUCUGGACCGCCACAGAAGUUCGGGAGCUGUUGCCAGAUGUGGUUGAAGGCGCCACAGGAGCUGCCACACAUGCAGACGUCUUCAUGCACCACUACGGGGUCAAGGACCCAGGAAAUGUUGCACCUGAACAGGACCCCCACGGGGAGCUGCAGGGCCAGAAUGUGCUGAUCGUGCGUUAUUCAGUGGAGCUAACGGCUGCUCGUUUUGGCAUCGGCGUGGAGAAGGUCAACGAGCUGCUAGCCUCCGCCAGGACCAAGAUGGCAGAAGUGAGGAAGAGUCGGCCACGCCCACAUCUGGACACCAAGAUGUUGGCCUCCUGGAACGGUCUGAUGCUGUCAGCCUACGCUGGCGUUGGAGCCGUGCUGGGGGACAAGGCCUUGCUGGAGAGAGCGGUGCAGGCUGGCAACUUCCUGAAGAAGCACCUGUGGGAUGCUGAACAGCAGACCAUCCUCAGGUCCUGUUACCGUGGAGAGGAUAUGGAGGUGCAACAGAUAUCUCCGCCUAUCUCUGGCUUCCUGGAUGACUAUGCCUUCAUCAUUUGCGGCUUGCUGGACCUGUAUGAGGCCACGUUGCAGACAGAGUGGUUGCAGUGGGCAGAGGAGCUGCAGCUCAGGCAGGACGUGCUGUUCUGGGAUGACCAGGGCGGAGGCUACUUCUGCAGUGAUCCCAGUGACACCACUGUACUGCUGCAACUGAAAGAGGACCAGGAUGGAGCUGAGCCCAGUGCUAACUCAGUGUCGGCCUCCAGUCUCCUGCGUCUGUCCCACUACACUGGAAGACAGGAGUGGCUCCAGAGGUCCCAACGGCUGCUGGCAGCCUUCUCCGACCGUCUGACCAGGGUCCCCAUAGCGCUGCCUGAAAUGGUCCGGUCUCUUAUGGCUCAGCAUUACACGCUCAAACAGAUCGUGAUCUGUGGCCAGAGGGACGCCCCGGACACGGCGAGCCUCCUGGCAGCAGUCAACUCCCUGUUCCUCCCACACAAGGUUUUGAUGCUCAAUGACGGCGAUUCAGACAGUUUCCUGUGCCAGCGUCUGCCCGUCCUCUCCUCCAUGUCCCAGCAGGGUGGUGUCGCCACGGCCUACGUCUGCCAGGACUUCACCUGUUCUCUUCCUGUCACUGACCCCCAGGACCUACGCAAGCUACUGCUGGAUGGGACAACAGAGACACUGGCAGACUGACGACUGAAGGGUUGACUGAUUGAGGAGGACAGUAAUAGACACCUCCAGGCUAGCCUAGCUUAUUUCUGCUGUUUUUGGCUAGUGGGUCUGACUUUGCCAUACUGUAUAAGAAUGCCAAUGCUUAAAAAGUAGGGCCGGGACUCGAUUAAAAAAAUAAAUCUAAUUAAUUACAGGCUUUGUAAUUAAUUAAUCGAAAUUAAUCGCAUUUUAAUCGCAUAUAAAUAUUUGACCUGAUAACUGUGAGUAGUAAUUAUUUUCACAUGGAUUUUUAGUAUACCAUUGAAUAAUGACUAAAUACAUAAGCUUAAGCAACAAAAAUAUUGUUUAUUUUUGUUCAAGUCCAACAGACCAGUGCAAUUUUUGCCAUUAAGUGUAGCAAUAGCUUAUUUAGAAAUAUAGUACAUUUCAUAAAUUCAGGUAGCCUAUAGGUAGGUAGACCUUCUGUAAACUAUAAUACUUUGGUUUUUUAAGUAAAACACAAUCCACGCUAGCUACCACACUAGCCGCUAGCUGCUAUAUGUUUAGCAUUGAGGUGAUACUUGAGGCUGGAUGUGCUGCUAUGGUGAUAUGUGAAUUCCUUGUUGCAUAGCAACACAACCAUGCUCUUAUGGACGCUUCCAUCCGUUGGUUUUUAGUAACUAAAUGUCCCAUCAUCCACGGGGCCAACCAAAGGUCUCAUCAGCUUCUUCCUUCAUGUUCACUGUGGUUUGUUGUUGUCUCAACUCAUCAACGCUAGUUGGUGCUCCAGUAUAAUCGGUCCUCCUGAAACUCAUCCAGUGAGAAACGUUCCGCGGUGCAAAAAUAAGUGCGAUUAAAAUGCGUCAAUUUUUUAACGCGUUAAUUUUUGUGUAAUCAAUUAAUCUUAAUUAACACGUUAAAGUCCCGGCCCUAUUAAAAAGUCUAUAUCUAUAUUGGUAGGAACAGUUACAGUGCAAUGAGGGGUUUCCAUCCUUCAUUCCAAACCUGUACCUCCAGCCUAUUCUUCAUUAGCAACACCAGCUAGGUAUUACCUCAAAUCAACUCAAGUUUUUUUUAGCAGCCAUAUUGAAAUUCAGGUAUUCAAAUAUAUAUAUUUACAAAGAAUUACGCACAGCAGCAGAGGCAGCCUGUUGAAAAUAAGUAGCACUUGUACAAAAUGUCCUGGCUUGACUGUUAGUCCAGAAGAGACUCUUAAUAGACUGUAACCUUGGAUGAGUUGAAUAUUUUGCAGAUGAACCAGUCUGCCCUGUUGUCCUCUCCUGGCCCUGUGUUCCAGCUCCCACAUUCACGUCACAUGAAUCCGACAGCAGAGCAGACCUGCAUGCAUGUGUGUAUGCUAAAGUAUUAAAAGGAAGAAGGUUUUAGGGAUUGUAUGUAUUCAUGUGCAUAAAGGUUUAUUGCAGGAAUGGGCAACUUAAAUGCUGCAGGGGGCCACAAUUUUUCAUGGACACUACCACAGGGCCACAUAUAGGAGCGUGCACUGAACCAGAUAUGAUGAAACUGCAAUUUUAAAUAUGUUUACAGCGCAGUAACUUAACAUAUUUCAUGCUCAAAUGCAUGUUUAACAGUAUAAAUAGGAAUACAAAAGGUUUGAAGCAAAUAAAAAAUAACCAAUCACUGUGAUUUCUUUUUUUUUUUCAGUGCAAGAACAGCAGGCCAACAUUAAUUGCAAGAAGUCAUUAUGUGCAUUUUUACACUGCACUUUUAAGAUUUCAUGCUCAAAUGCAUGUAGUUGUACUGAGGGCCACUUCAAGUGAGGGUGAGGGCCGUAUGUGGCCCCCGGGCCUCCAGUUGCCCAUCCCUGGUUUAUUGUGUGUUUGGUUUCAUUUGUAGUAACAUCAGAGUGAAGGAGCUGCUCUUCUCUCCGUUCACCGUCUGCUGCACCUCCUCAAUGUGAGAGGAUUCUUCUCCACCGCUCCAGACUGUGGCUUUAAAACACACAACAUAUAUAUAUGCAGGCUGAAUAAUAAAGUUCAUUCCCUGAUAGUUCCCUUUUUUUCUGGGUACUGUUGUGUUGAAACAAGGCUUUUUAACCCUUUGAUGCACAACAAGGGUCUAAAGUGACUGAAAUGUUGCAGGUUUUCCUCAAUUAUCUUGUUUUCGAUCAUCAUAUGACCUAAUGUUUUGUUUCCAUUU